AAUCUAUGUAUUUCCGCAUGCAGCUAUUUAUAGCCUCACGUCAUCAGCGAACAACAUUGGGACAGUUGACACUAUCGGAUUGAGUAUGUUCGUCGGUGUACGGGUUGUGCGGGGUCCUGAUUGGUCCACCGGAGAGAGUGAUGGAGGUGAAGGUCACGUGGGAACUGUUGUGGCACAAGAUGGCGCUGGUCGUGUUGACGUCAUAUGGGACGGUGGUCAGAGAACGACGUGCAGAGCUGGGAAAGAUGGCAAACAUGAUCUGAGAAUCCUGGAUACUGGAAGCAUAGGAAUACGCCACGAGGGUUUCACGUGUGAGGGCUGUGAGACAACGGACUUCUACGGCACGAGGUGGACGUGUAAACAAUGCACCUCGACCAGUCUGUGUUCUACGUGUUACUCCGCGGACAUUCACGACACCAGUCACGUGUUCUUGCGCCAUGAUAUGCCAGGGGAUUCCGGAGUUGAAGUCAAGAAAAGAACGAGCUGCCUCAUGUUGCGUUCUCUCGGGCUCUACCCUGGGGCAAGGGUUGUGAGGGGAGAGGAUUGGAGCUGGGACAAGCAAGACGGCGGCAGUGGAAGCAAAGGUACGAUCACUGAGAUGCACGACGAGCCAAAGGCAGGCACGACCGGUAGUACAGUGAGGGUGAAGUGGGACGUGGGUCCCUCCAAUCUGUACCGGGUGGGGCAUAAGGGCAAGGUGGACCUCAAGUACGUAGAAGAAGCUCCGUGGAUGUACUACUUCAGGGAUAACUUACCUGUCCUAGAUGUGAUGGGCGGAAAGAGUACACAUCCUGUUGUCAGCUCGGAGUUUGACGUUGGGUGUAAAGUGUGUCUACAGUUGGACCGAGAUGGGCUGAGACGCGUGCAGGCUGACAAGGGUGGUUGGACAGCAAGCAUGUCCGAGUGCGAAGGAAAGAUCGGAAGAGUUGCAGAUUUCCCCAGUGAUGGGUUAGCGACUGUUGUGUUUGAUAACAGUAGAUACAGAUUUGCCACCGAAGCCCUCUUGAAGGUGUACGACCACAGCAAAGGAGACGUGGUCCGGAUCCUGGAUGACAAGGAGAAGGUGAAGAUGCUUCAGGAUAAACAUGGAGGAUGGAAUCCCAAUAUGGAAAAGUCCUUGGGAAAAGUUGGCCGGGUGAAGGGCGUGGACCGCGAAGGGGAUGUGAUAGUGGUGUUCGGGUCAAGGAAGUGGUAUUUCAACCCUGCCUGCUGUGUACCUGCUGUAGGGAUGACUGUGGAGAGCCUGGAAGAUAGUGAUGACGAUGAAGGUCCGUUUUCAGCGACGGGGCUAAUGGGAGGUUUGCUUGAAAAUCUGAAAGAAAGUUUUGCAAUGUUCGGGGACACAUCGUUAGCGGGGUUAUUAUCUGCAGAGGAGACAGGAGGUGUGACAAAGGCCAUCAUUAAAGGGGACGUCGACACAGUGAAAGCCAUGAUAGAGUCGAACCCACAGAUGUUGUCACAACACUUCGGAAUGCAGAAACUGACGCCAUUGAUGAGGGCAUGUCAUGUAGGCAACAUGGAGAUAGUACACUUCCUGCUGGACAGGGGAGCUGACCUUGAGAGCAAAGGUCAUAAGGGAAUCACAGCCCUGUCUGCAGCAAUUAUUGGGAAGAGGGAACACACAGCGAAGGUACUGCUCGAGAAGGGCGCCAACAUCCAUCACAGGCACCACAACGGGCAGACAACUCUUCAUCUUGCGGUACACAACAACCUCCCCAACAUCAUCAAAGUGCUCAUCCAGAAGGGCGUGGACGUCAAUGCUACGGACAAGGCGGGAGACACCCCUCUUCAUGAUGCUAUCGGCAUACAAAAGGAUGAAUGCGCGAAGAUUCUUAUUGAAUGUCCACACGUCAAUCUCAGGCUCUGUAACCGCAAUGACUUCAACGCCCUGCACUUCGCCUGCUUAAGGGGCAGUGUACCUUCCGUGGAGAAGAUACUUGAGAGAGACACAUCAUUUGUGAACGACCAGAUGUCGGACAAAACCUUUGCUGCUCUCCACAUCGCCGCUAACAACGACCACGUUGAAUGUUGCAGACUGCUCAUUGAAAAAGGGAAGGCCGAAGUUGAUCGGAAGGGUCCUCAGGGGGCCACUCCUCUUUAUGUCGCCGCUGGUACUUCUCAAUACAGAUCAGUGGAACUACUUCUCCAGAAAGGAGCUGAUCCCAACUUCGAAAAUGACAACGGUAACAGACCGCUCCACGGUUUGUGUAAGGGCCGCGGGUCGCGUCGAGAAGUAAGCAAGGUGGUCGACGUUGCACGACUACUUCUACAGGAAGGUGCCGCCUACAAAGCCAGAAACAAGCACGGAUCCGCCGCUCUUGAUAGGUGUUCUCGUGAAGCUGAGAAGUCAGCGAUUCGGAAAUUCAUCGACGAAAAUGAAAGAUUCCUAAAUUCCCAAGUUCCCCCGGAAAAUCAAUCAAGGCCCCAAGCUCCAGAAAGUCCGAAGAGUUCCAGAUUUAUCACGCCAUGUAACAAGUGCCUUGAGAAGGUUGCAGAUGCUAAGUUCGUCCCCUGUGGACACAAAGUAAUGUGCAGGUCGUGCGCUGCCAGCUUCAAAACGUGUCCGUUAUGCGACACACACGUACUACACGUGCAAAGAAGCAAACGAGGUGAUGACGAUGACGACGACGACGACGACGAUGAUGAUGGUGAUGUCCAGUGCAAAACUCAGUAGAAGAUACACUUCACCCAGGGUUCGAAAUACACCGUUAGCGAAGACAGGAUUUAAAUUAAUGUGACUCUAGGUGAUACGUUUAUGGAAUAUGUGUGUAGCAGUUGAGUUGUUUUAACGCCAAGUGAGUGAGUGAGUUUAGUUUUACAAGGUCUGUAAAUUAUCGAGUCUGGACCAGAUCAUCCAGUGACCACAGCAUGAGCAUCAAUCUACGCAACUGGCAAGCAUGACAUGUGUCAACUUAUAGCGAGCCUGACCACCCGAUUCCGUUAGUCGCCGCUUAUGACAAGCAUGGGUUACUGAAGAUCAAUAUUCUAACCCGGAUCUUCACGGGUAUUUUAACGCCAAGCAGGUUUGUUCCAGUACUGAAACGUAUAUAUGCACAAGACAAUGCUUUACUAUUAUCACAUUUUCUGUAUACAAUUGCCAAUGUUUUUUUGUUGUUGUUUUUUUUUUUGGGGGGGGGGAGAGCCCAAACGAGUGAUCAGUUAAAUGACGUCACUAAUUCUAGUUUCACACACAACUGAUAAUGGAUGAUGCGGACAUUUACUAAUAAGUAAAACUACAAGUAAAAUACCCAUAUUGGGGCAGUGUAGAAAUAUUAUCAAAAAAGCUUCAGAACAUCACCAAAAGAAAACUUGAAGUUCGCAUCCCUUGACACAAGCCCCCAGUCAAGAGACCAGGAAUAUGUCAUUGGUACCACAUCAUCCUGUCCGCCUACCAUGAACAACAUUCCCACUGUCAAUUUGUAAAUUAAUCUUAUAUGCCUUUAAAUGAGAGAGUAUGUUUUAACUGUUUAAAUGUUGUUGAAGAUGAAAUGAAUGUACUUUUAUACUGUCCUUUAUACCAGUGUUUUACAAAUGUUUAUUGGAAAAGUACACAGUUUUUAAUGGUAAUUUUAUAAAUUUUACUGAUUAGGAAAAGCUAUCGUGUUCAGUGUCCUAUUUGAUGUAAAUUAACAGCCGAAACCUGUUUUGAUAUUUUAAAGAAACAGGGGUUCACCGUUAUCAUUAGUUUAAUAUUUGUAAGGUUUGUUUUAUAUUUUAUAGUAUUUGUAAAUAAUCUUUCAUAAUCCCACAAGGGAUGGCUCAUAUUGUAUACUAGUUUUUCUUUUUACGAUGUUUUAAAUGUAUAAUGUAUACGUAUGAGGUGAGACUCGUAAUAAACAAUCUAUCUGUCUCUCUCUUUUCAGCUAUGUGUAUUUUGUUGGGCCUCAGGAACAAUUAGCUUCGUCAUUUGUUACUGCAUCAUUUACCAAUAUCCAUUGUUGUUGUUGAAACCAUGGUGGUUGUUUUGUAUCACCCUCAUGUUGUCUUUGUUAAUCCCCGCAAGAUGUAUAAUACAAGUCUGUUCUGUGUUAUUAUUAUUGACAACGGUUAACACAUCUUUAAACUGCGAAAGGUCGCAUCAUGAUAUAAUAAAGAGGUUGUCAUCCAUAAAGUA